AUGGCGGCAAUCACCACCUUCGCGGCCGUCCGUGCCACGUCGAUAUGGAUGACGUCGUCGCCGCGGCGGGAGAGGUCGCCGCAAUUCCCCGCAUUCUCUCCUGCGCCGCGGAAGUCGCUGUUCUCUGGACUUCUUCUCGUUCCGGCGCCGGUUUCGAGGACGGUGACUACUCUCGCCGUCGAACGAUCUGAUGCGGGGAAUUACGAUGGAAGCCGUACUGAGCAGCAGGCUUCCAUUUUUGAACGGAUUUUGAGUUUUUCAGAACGGCUUCUCAAUUUUGCGGCAUCGAAUUUUCUUCCUCUAGCUCUGAUCACUGCGGUAGCAUGUGGAAUGGUGAAUCCAGCUCCUGGUUGCUAUGCUCACAAGUAUUCUUUGUCUAAGUUUGCUACCUUCGGCAUUUUCUUCAUUGCAGGGAUGAAGUUGAAAGGCGAAGAAAUUUCAGCAGUGGCUGAAGCAUGGCCAGUUGGAUUAUUCGGGCUAACUUCUAUACUGCUGCUCGGUCCUCUCGUGUCGACGCUAAUUUUACAAGUGCAGCUUGCACCCCAAGAGUUUGCGACAGGACUGGCAUUGUUUAGCUGUAUGCCAACUACAUUGUCAAGCGGCGUAGCACUAACACAGCUUGUUGGUGGGAAUUCUGCUCUUGCUCUUACAAUGACAGUAAUUUCAAACCUACUGGGCAUCAUUACUGUGCCAUUUUGGAUCUCGAAGCUUCUAGCUUCUGGUUUUGGUGUAUCAAUACCAGUGAGGCAGCUCUUUUGGAAUCUUACUCUAAUGCUUCUGGUUCCUUUACUCUUUGGGAAGGUGGCCCGAAAUAGCAUCAAAGGUUUGGGAACUUACGUCGAUCAAAACCGGAAGAUUUUCACUACAACCAGUAUUAUUCUCCUAAGCCUAACCCCGUGGAUGCAAGUAAGUAAAGCAAGACAUUUGCUCCUAGCGGUUAAAGUGCAAGUAUUCUUUAAAGCAAUUGCAAUGGGCAUACUUCUGCAUCUUGCAUUGCUGGGGCUCAACCUCAUUGCAAUAAGAGCCUUAUCAGCUGGAUUAGGUGGUACGGAGUCAGUCUUCGCCGAAAAGAAGAACUCACGUACUCUUUUGUUGGUUUGCAGUCAGAAAGCUCUGCUGAUUGUGGUAACUGUAGUAGAGCAGCUGAACGGUGCCCUUGGUCAAUCAGGGCUGCUGGUUCUUCCUUGUAUAGCAGCACACAUCAAUCAGGUUGUCAUUGACUCAAUUCUGGUGAACUUUUGGAUUCGGAAGGAUCAGUCACCAGACAGAACCAAGGAAGUCUGA